AUGGAAACUGAAUCGGAGAGAAACGAUGACGCCACCAUUACCACCGUCAAAGACAUGAGAGCUCGAUUGGAGAAUCGAAUUCGUACCCAGCACGACGCACACUUGGAUCUCCUUUCGUCGCUCCAACCCGUCGUUCCCGACAUAGUCCCGUCGCUCGAUCUCUCUCUCCGACUCAUCUCUUCUUUCACGAAUCGACCUUUCGUCGCCACGCCUCCUUUACCCGAACCCAAGGCGGAGAAGAAGCACCAUCCAAAUGUUAAAUCAGAAAGCCAACAACAACAACAACGAGGCCAUGAAUCGAAAUCGAUGCUUAUCAAUUCGAAUCAGAGAGAUUCUGGUUCUGGCGCCGAGGCAGAUGGGUCUAGUGGGAGUCCUAUGGCGCUAGUGAGAGCGAUGGUUGCAGAAUGUUUACUUCAACGAGUACCGUUCACCAUGACGGAUUCCUCUACUGUGCUAAGGAAGCUUGAGAAUGACCAGAACGCGAGACCGGCGGAGAAAGCGGCGUUGCGUGACCUAGGUGGAGAGUGUGGGCCGAUUCUCGCCAUAGAGACUGCUCUUAAAUCAAUAGCGGAAGAGAACGGCUCCGUGGAAUUGGAGGAGUUCGAGGUGAGUGGAAAGCCUCGAAUCAUGGUCUUGGCCAUUGAUCGAACCAGAUUGCUCAAGGAGCUACCAGAGAGUUUCCAGGGGAAUAACGAAUCGGGUCGGGUCGUGGAAACCCCUAACUCGAUUGAAAACUCUACGACAGUCCCCGGCGGGUUUGGGAAUUCCGGGUCGGGUAAUAAUUUCCAGAGACCCGAGAUGUGGUCGGGUGACCCAAACAUGGGGUUUAGGCCGAUGAUGAAUGCACCAAGAGGGAUGGGAAUGAUGGGGAUGCAUCAUCCAAUGGGGAUGAUGGCUCGACCACCACCGUUUCCGAUGCCUGUGUCGUUACCGGUGCCGGUGAAUCAGAAGCUUAGAAGCGAGGAGGAUGACUUGAAAGACGUUGAGGCUCUUCUGAGCAAGAAGUCUUUUAAGGAGAAGCAACAGUCACAGGCAGGUGAGGAGUUGCUUGACCUCAUCCACCGUCCAACCGCCAAAGAAGCCGCCACCGCAGCUAAGUUUAAAAGCAAAGGAGGAUCACAGGUGAAGUAUUACUGUAGGUAUUUAACUAAAGAGGAUUGCCGUCUUCAGUCCGGUUCCCACAUAGCAUGCAACAAGAGACAUUUCCGUCGACUAAUCGCUUCACAUACCGACGUCAGCUUAGGAGAUUGUUCCUUUCUGGAUACUUGUCGUCACAUGAAGACUUGCAAAUAUGUGCACUACGAGCUCGACAUGGCUGACGCUAUGCUGGCGGGUCCAGAGAAGGCAUUGAAGCCUCUACGUGCUGAUUACUGCUCUGAAGCUGAACUCGGCGAGGCACAGUGGAUUAACUGCGACAUACGUAAUUUCAACAUGGACAUUUUGGGCACGUUUGGUGUUGUGAUGGCGGAUCCGCCGUGGGACAUUCACAUGGAACUUCCAUAUGGAACAAUGGCUGAUGACGAGAUGCGCACUCUCAAUGUUCCCUUGUUGCAGACUGACGGUUUGAUUUUCCUCUGGGUCACCGGUCGUGCAAUGGAGCUAGGCCGUGAAUGUUUGGAGCAUUGGGGAUACAAGCGAGUGGAAGAGAUCAUAUGGGUAAAGACGAAUCAACUUCAGCGGAUUAUUCGAACGGGGAGAACAGGUCACUGGCUUAACCACAGCAAAGAGCAUUGUCUGGUAGGAAUCAAAGGAAACCCGGAAGUGAACAGAAACAUCGACACAGAUGUGAUUGUUGCGGAGGUCAGAGAGACAAGCCGGAAGCCAGACGAGAUGUAUGCAAUGUUAGAGAGGAUCAUGCCAAGAGCAAGAAAGCUCGAGUUAUUCGCCCGUAUGCACAAUGCUCAUGCCGGAUGGCUGUCACUUGGUAACCAGCUUAAUGGAGUCCGGUUAAUAAACGAAGGUCUUCGAGCUCGGUUUAAGGCGUCAUACCCUGAAAUAGAUGUGCAGCCACCUUCACCACCAAGAGCUUCAGCAAUGGAGACAGACAAUGAGCCAAUGGCUAUUGACUCAAUCACAACUUAG